AUGUCUGAAAGUUUGUGGGAAACGAUUGGACAUUACGGUGAUCCGGAUGAGAUCACGCAAUUCUUUUGGGGAGCUUCCAGAAUUACAACGUGUUACGGUAUUCCGUGCACCUUUGUCUUGACAUUUCUCUGCGGGAUUUUGAUUCGCGACAAGAGUUUGAGAAAAGAAUAUGAGAACACGAUCACUUUCAUGUCAUUCGCUUGUUUUAUUCUUGGUACACCAAUCGUUUGGUACAACGUGACGAUCUUUUUGGGAAUGCAGAUCACAAAUGGGGAUUUGAAAUUCACUCUCUUUACAUGCACUCUUUUCAAAAUGAUUCCAAUAACGAUGUGGUAUUGCUCAUUUCUUGUGCCUAGUGUAGUUGCCUUAAAUCGUUAUUUACUAAUAGUGCGAGGUCAUCAAACGAAUCUAAAAUUCUCACUGAGAAUCUUGUUCAGCAUGUGGACCCCAAUGCUAAUCGUCGACUCAAUGCAUUUUCUGAUUGGUGUACCGACUCCAAAUGAUACUUGUACAAUGUUACUUUAUCUCAAAAUGGAUCCAGUCCCACAGUUAUAUACUUUAUAUGUCUUCUCUGGAAGUGCCAGUGGAAUCGUGUUAAACACCCUCACUUACAAACACAUCAAAAAGUUAGCCUCAAUCGGUAAAAUCAAAGCCGAUGAAAAACAAAUCUUCUACUCAUGUUUUCUUCAAUCAUUUGUCCCGUUUUUUGCCAUAUUUUUUCUAAUGAUCUCAAAUUUUGCGAUAUUUACUGGAUUGUUUACUGUACCGAUUUGGUUUACCCGACCGGCGAAUAUUUACGCGGUGAUCGGAUCAACACUGUUGAUACCAUUGAUUGGGAUGUUUAUGGUGAGA